AAAUGUAAAAUUAUCAAAUUUGUUUAGGAUAAAAGGAGUGGAGGAGACAGCCCUGACGAUGCCAAGAUGCUUCCUAGAGAAUUCCAAAUUCAAUGGCUUGUAGCACAGCAGUUAAUCAUUCUGUGUUAGGGCUUCAACGCCAAAUUGUUGGGAAGAGGUUAUCCCUCCUUUCAUUGCCUGCAGUUACAAACCUUGGUGGCAUUCCCAGAAGGAGAAGAAGCUGUCAUGUCUAUGCCCAUCUUCAACCUUCCGUUGUUUCCGAUAACCCCAAGUAUGGCAACAAACAGGUCAUCACAAUUACUCCACGCCUUUACGACUAUAUAUUGACAAACGUUCGGGAGCCUGAGAUUCUAAGGCAACUUCGGGAGGAGACUGCUAAUAUGCGGGGUUCUCAAAUGCAGGUAUCUCCGGAGCAGGCACAACUACUUGCCAUGCUCGUCCAGAUUCUCGGGGCGGAACGAUGUAUUGAAGUUGGUGUUUACACUGGAUACUCAUCGUUGGCUAUUGCUUUAGUCCUACCAGAAUCAGGUUAUUUAGUUGCUUGUGAAAGAGAUUCCAAAUCUCUUGAGGUUGCAAAAAGGUACUACAAGCAGGCUGGUGUGGCACACAAGGUGGACGUGAAACACGGACUAGCAUCAGAUGCUCUAAAAUCUUUGAUUUUAAAUGGAGAAUCCGGCAGCUAUGAUUUUGCAUUUGUUGAUGCUGACAAGAGAAUGAAUCAAGAAUACUUUGAAUUGCUACUGCAACUGUUUGUAAGAAAUGCACUUAGUCUCCUGUUGCAGGUGAGGACCAGGGGUGUCAUUGUGAUUGAUAAUGUUCUCUGGCAUGGAAAAGUUGCUGAUCCUCUGGUAAAUGAUGCUAGGACUGUCAGCAUAAGAAAUUUUAAUAAAAAUAUCAUGGAGGACAAGCGUGUAAGCAUCAGUAUGGUACCUAUUGGAGAUGGCAUAACAAUCUGCAGAAAAAGAUGACCACACAUUAAAAACAUCUGUUAUUGUGAAAAGGUAUCAUAUCCAACGGCUUCCAUGGUUUCCACAGAAAGGUAAUUUAGUCAUUGAGACACCAGACUCUUGGUUAAAACAUUGGUCCUGUGUUGGCAUUCCUUCAACAGCUUGACAAUUCAGUUUGAGAUAUGAAAGUCUGCUGAAAUUGAUGGUGGCAGAGACUACAUUCUCUUGCGAUGAAUUUUGGUCCAGAUGGAAAGCAGGGAUAACAAUCAUCCUGGUGCACCUUGCAAGGGUGACUGCACUAUCAACCAUGAAUUCAAUAAUCACUUAACAUAUGUUGCCAAUAAAAAGGCAGGCUAUGUUCAGAUGCCAUGAAGUGUGCAAUCAUUUGUUAUUUUUGUCUAUCUUUGAACUUGUAAGUUGUCUUCUGUACCGUAUCUAUGCGUCUCCAAGUAGCACAUUGAACUCUGUAUCGUCUUUGAACUAACAAAAAAUUGCAGUUUUGAUGAAAUUUUGGGAUACAAUGAGUUUUA